AUGAUCCUGCCGCCGCAGUCCGCGACCGCCAUGCCGGCCGGCCGCGCGCCGUCUCUGUCGUCGUCGUCGUCGCCGUCGGCGGCGCCGUGCUCGCGGGCGCGCGUGGGCGGUGGCCGCCCGGUGGUGCAGUGGAGGCGGAGGCACGUGCGCGAGGGGUUGCUCGUCAUCGACGAGGCGCAGCUGGCGCGCCUCAUCAAGCGACAGCCCAUCCACACGCUCUACCAGCUCGACCCCGAGCCGUUCGCCACGGGCCAGUUCGCGUCGGUGUGGCGGUGCCGCUCUCGGGAGACCGGCCAGGUGUUCGCCGCCAAGUUCUCCAGCCGCACGCGCUACGGCGACGACUGCAGUGCCGAGAUACGCCACGAGAUCGCUCUGCUGUCGCUGUGCGCUCCCUCGCCCCGCAUCGUGCGCCUGCACGACGUCUUCGAGACAGACAACGAGAUCAUCAUUGUGCUCGAAUACGCUCCGGGCGGCGACCUGCAGACUAUAAUCGAUGACAACCUGGUGCCUUUCGAAUCGGACGUCGUAAAGUUCGUUCGCCAGCUCCUGGAGGGCCUAGUGUACUUGCACGAACGCCGAAUCGCCCACCUCGACAUCAAGCCGCAGAACCUGGUGAUGAUGUCACAGUUCCCUGACUGCGACGUCAAGCUCUGCGAUUUCGAGAUAUCGCGAGUUGUUGUUGAGGGCGCAGAGAUCCGAGAACUGCUGGGCACACCAGACUAUGUCGCUCCUGAAAUCCUUCACUAUGAGCCGAUCACACUCGCUGCGGAUAUGUGGUCGCUAGGAGUAACGACUUACGUGCUGCUGACGGGCUUCUCGCCGUUCGGCGGCGAAACAGACCAGGAGACUUUCUGCAACAUCUCCGGCGCGCAGCUCGACUUCCCGGAGGAGCUGUUCGAGGAUGUGUCGGAGGCGGCGCAGGACUUCAUCCGCAGGCUUCUCGUGCGGGAUCCCAGGGCGCGACCGACGGCGAAGGAGUGCCUGCGCCACAGGUGGUUUACCGGCAGCAAGGUGAAGGUGAAGGCUCGCGCGAAGGACAGCGGCGGACUGCGCAAGUACCUGUCCAAAUCGCGGGAGGCGCUGUUCGAGCGCGUGGUGCAGCAGCGCCAGCAGCAGCAGCAGCAGCAGCAGGGCAGCUGCCAGGACCUGCGACGGCGCACGUUGCUGUCGCAGCAGCGGCGGCGCCUCUGCGAGAGCCACGCGUCGCUGCUGGCGCCGGCGGCGGCCUCGCGGGCGCGCGCGCUCGCCGACCAGCCGUGGCCGGCGCCCGCGCUCAGCCGCUCGCGCGAGAAGCUGUACGGGCUGCGCAGCCUGUCGCGCUCCAGCGAGGCGCUGGCGCUACCGCUGCCGCUGCGGCCCGGCUGCCGCUCGCUGCUCGACCUGUGCGGCGCCGCGCUCUCGCGCCAGCCCAGCUCCGCCUCGCUCGACAACUGCGACGACGUCAACAGCAACGUCUGCAGCCGCGCCGCCUCGCCAGCGCCCGCGCCCGUACCGGCGCCCGCCGACCUCACCAACAGCAACGUCUGCAGCCGAGCGGCGUCGCCCGCGCCCGCCGACGUCACCAACAGCAACGUCUACUGCGAUGCGCCGUCCGCCGAGGACGAUUUCCUGGCGGACGUGCCGACCGCCCCGACACCGGAGCCACCUGCGGUCCGCGGUGAGUGGCGGGACGCCCCCGCAGACCUGGCGUCGCCCGCCCUGCUCAGGAACUGCCUCGGCAGCGCCGUCUCCGCCAGGGCGGCAGUCGAGGCUGUGGCCGCCAACGGCGAAGAGCGCGUCGACGGUAGGGAGAACGGCUACGACAGCAACCCGGUCGAAAGUGAAGACAUCCCAGCUGCUGAACAGACGAGGACGCCAGACCCGCAAGUCGAGGACCUCGACAAGGUCCACAGGUUGAAGAAGAGCGGCGACGACGAGAUGAAUACGUCCUAUUCGAGCGGUUCGGAUGGCGAGGACGGCGGUGCCGGCAGCUCCAGCAGCGGAGGCGGCGGAGGAGGCAGCAGUUCGCAAGACGACGGCUUCGACGAGGCCGAGGAGGACGAGGAGGAAGGGCAGGAGAGCGAGGGCGCGUCGCAGGAGCCGCGCUUCACUGUGGCACAGCUGGUGUCGGCCUUCACGCGGCACGAGCGAGCCGUCGCGGGCGCCGCGCCCGCUCCGGAGGCCGGCCGCUUCCCCACGGGGCCCAACGCCCUGCGCCUCUUCAUCCCGGGCAUCAGCAUCCGCCGCGACCGUGAACGCGACCGCGACAGGCAGCGCCAGCGCCGCCGCCACGGACGACAAGAGCAGAACGAGAAAACCACGUCACCUGAAGAGCAACAGUCAUCUAUUGUUUCCAAGACAGGUGAUCAGACCUUGAUAACUGUGCCAGCAGAUUAUGAUCGUCUUCAGUCAAACAGUGGAGUAUCUGAUCAGGAAGUCAGCAAGAAAUCAGCUGGUGGAGUCUCCAGGAAUGGAGACAGCUUAGAAAGAACAUCAGCUUUCUGUCUAGACCAUGAUACAAACAACAACACAAAUAACAAGUGUAACAGCAACACCAAUGGUACCCGCAGUUCUUCGUGGGAGCGUAUCUGUACAGGCUCUUACACUCGUGCCAUGGACAAGUUUCGACCAACGAGGAAAUCUCUUACAGCAAUUUCAGAACCUCCAGUUCAAAUUACAGAAAAAGUACGUCGCAAAUCAACUCCAGCCAUUAAAAACGUCUAUUUGUAAUUGGUAUCUUUUCCCCACUUGUAGUCAGCAUAAACAAUUACAUAAUUGUAUCCUUUGUUCGACUUUUGCUGUUACAUGAGAAAAUAAUAAUUAGUUUUAACCUUUUUGUGACUUGACCUCAGUUUCCUUGAAAGAUCUAAAUAGAAUUUUUUUUUCUGGAACAGCUACAUAUGUAGACAAAUUUCGCAUUACUUCAAACAAAUUUCUCUGUUUAAGGAUCAUGGGAUGCACAUGUUGCUAUGUCACAUAUUGUGGCCAUAUAUUUACAUGAGAAAAUAAUAAUUAGUUUUAACCUUUUUGUGACUUGACCUCAGUUUCCUUGAAAGAUCUAAAUAGAAUUUUUUUUCUGGAACAGCUACAUAUGUAGACAAAUUUCGCAUUACUUCAAACAAAUUUCUCUGUUUAAGGAUCAUGGGAUGCACAUGUUGCUAUGUCACAUAUUGUGGCCAUAUAUUUACAUGAGAAAAUAAUAAUUAGUUUUAACCUUUUUGUGACUUGACCUCAGUUGCCUUGAAAGAUCUAAAUAGAUUUUUUUUUUCUGGAACAGCUACAUAUGUAGACAAAUUUCGCAUUACUUCAAAUAAAUUUAUUUAAGGAUCAUGGGAUGCACAUGUUGCUAUGCCACAUAUUGAAUUUUUGGCGGUUUACCGUCCACAAAAGAAGUUUAGUUUAAGAAUACAACAAUGAAAUUUAAAUUUUGUGUGCAAAUUUAUUAUCUGUGACAUCUAACUGAGCAAUUUAUGUAAUUUUAUAUUCGUUAAACCAGAGCUAGUCAUAUACUCAGAUGUCUAACUUGAAAUGAAGGAUAGUACAGACGUGAAAGCUAAUGGCUUGACUGUUCAGAAGAACAUCAGAGCGAGUGGUUACUGUUUGUAUCCUUUUCAGUUGUGGGACUAUACAAUAAACAACAAAGUUGUUACUCAUUUCUAGGAUUUUCCCAGUGUGAUUGACAGAAGCUAGAUUCCUGGAUGCAACAAUCUUGGUGAUUCCAUUACCAAUCUUAUUGGACAUCCAUAACUGUACCUAGAGUUGUUAGUAUUAGUUUACCCCCGGAAUUAGCAGUUAAGGAAUAUUCUCUGUCCUUUUAUUCCUCAUUUCUUUUUUGUUGAAUAAGGUAAUGUAUCUAGUAUUUUAGCAAUGCACACUUUAAAAUGAAGCCGUCAUAUACAAACAUUAUCAUGUAACAUAUUAAGAAACAUAAUGGUUCAUUUUUGUAUGUAGAAUAAAUAUAUAAGUUCGAUUAAA